AUGGGUGCCCUCGAAAGAUUAUCGCAGAUCUCAGGCCAAAUCUCUGGCUCCAAGUCGGCGCGUGAGAAGCUUCUCGAGAAGAACCCAGACGACAUCGUAGUAACAGCAUGUCUCCGAACGGCGUUCACAAAAGGCGGCAAGGGCGGGUUCAAAGACACACAAGCGGCUGACCUGAUGGCGGGAGCCCUGAAGGGACUCUUGGAGCGAUCCAAGAUCGACCCGUCGCUGGUAGAGGAUGUGUGCGUGGGUGAGGUACUUGCGCCUGGUGGCGGCGCCACCGAGAUGCGCGCCGCAGCUCUUGUUGCUGGCCUCCCCGAGACCGCCGCCGUCCGAACCCUUAACCGCCAGUGUUCGUCGGGUCUACAAGCCUGCGUUGAUGUCGCCAACCAGAUCCGCGCCGGCAUGAUCGAGAUCGGUAUCGGUGCUGGUGUCGAGAGCAUGAGCUUGCAAUACGGUCCCCAAGCCGUAACCGAGUUCUCCGACCUCCUCGAAUCCUACCCCGAGGCCGCCAACUGCAAAGUCCCCAUGGGCGUCCUCUCCGAAGACAUGGCCCGAGACCUCAAGAUCUCGCGCGCCAGCCAAGACGCCUUCGCCGCCGCCUCCUACCAGAAGGCCCUCAAGGCCCAGCAAGCAGGUCUCUUCGACGAGGAGAUCCACCCGCUAACCGUCAAGUACACCGACCCUAAGAGCGGCGAGACUAAGAACAUCACCGUCAAGAAAGACGACGGCGUCCGCCCCGGCAUCACCGCCGAAUCCCUCGGCAAGAUCCGCCCCGCCUUCGCCGAGAACGGCUCCAUCCACGCGGGCAACGCAUCGCAGAUCAGCGACGGCGCCGCUGCCGUCCUGUUGAUGCGCCGAUCGACAGCCGAGCGCAUCGGCCAGACCAUCCUCGGCAAGUUCGUCGCGGCCAGCGUCGUCGGCGUUAAGCCGCUGCUCAUGGGCCUCGGACCCUGGAAAGCGAUUCCCAAGGCCCUAUCGCUAGCCGGCGGCCUAACCAUCGACGAUAUCGACAUCUUCGAGAUCAACGAGGCUUUUGCCAGCCAGUGCCUCUGGUGUGCUAACGAGCUGAAGAUCCCCGCGGAGAAGAUCAACCCUAAGGGUGGCGCUAUUGCCUUUGGUCACCCUCUCGGGUGCACUGGUGCUCGCCAGGUGAGCACCCUGCUGUACGAGUUGCGACGCCGUGGCCAGAAGGUUGGCAUCACGAGUAUGUGCAUUGGUACGGGUAUGGGUAUGGCUGCCAUCUGGGUUGCCGAGUAA